CACUUCACUUCAGAGAAAGAACAUCUGAACUGAGAUGGCAGCAAAGGAGAAGUGCCAAGAUCCAGCUCAGCCUGUGGCAGUGCAGUGGGGACAGGCAGAGCAGGAGCUCUCCCUCAUGUGGGGGCUCAGGCAAGAAGAGCCCCAUUAGCCCCCAGCCAUCAGCUGGGGACUCUGUACCUUGGAUAUGUUUGUGGAGGGGGAAUUAAGAAGAUCCUUCGAUGUUUUGCUGGUCCAGAGGACCUGCACACCAAGGGUGAAGGGGCCAAGCUGUCCCAGCAGCUCAUCUGCCUCGAGCUCUCCUGCCACCAAAAGGGUUUGGCUGCCCCCAGUCCCAUCCUCUCCACAGAUCUCUCUCCUGUCAGGAAUCUCUGACUCCUCACACAUUGCCAGCUCUUUGAGAAGUUACUUAGGGCCCCUGACAAGCCAAGUUUCUCCAUCCUCUGAUCUUUCAGGAGCAUUCCACCAGUUCUGUCCCGAGCAGACACAUGAGCUGGAGGCUCACCCUGAACAAGAGCAAAGCUCAGAGGGGUGAUGUGCCAGGAUCACCCUGACCCUUUGGAUUCCAGUGCUUUGUGGGCAUCAGCCCAGAGCGUUUGGGAGUGAGCUCUUCGUGCUGAAGGUGCAGCCCUGCUCCCCUCUGAGCGCUCAUGGCCCAGCCUUCCUGCUGAUUUCCUCUCCUUCAAUCUCAGGGUCAUCUGCUGAACUUAUCAGUGUGAGUUUCUUUCCACGAGAGAAAAGGUCAAAACCCUGGCUGGAAGGGUGAAGGUGGAGGAUGGAGCCCUCAGAUUUUGGUAGAAGCCUCACUUAUUUUGCACAAGGAGCUGUCCCCACUACCUGCUCGAUGCUGAGCCUCAGACAAAGAUCUGGACAGCACUGCUGAACCUCCCUGGGGCAGCAAGAGCCUCCCACAAGCCAUGACAGUUCUGCUCUCAGAACCUUCUGCCUCCUGCAAAGGUGAGAAGCAGCAGCUUUUUGCCUCCUUCCCUGUGUGGAGACAGAGAAUGGGAAGAUCCCGAGCCAUCUCUAGAGGAUGCUUGUGCUGCAGGGCUGGCAGACGGGGCUCUGACUCUCACCUCCACGCUGAGCAGGGCUGCUGGGCUCAGCCCUCAAACAGAGGAUCUGCUCUGCCCCAAGCCCUACCUGACCCCCUCCUCCAUCGAGCAUCCCUUGACUGCUGACCCAGGCUCAGAAGAUGGAUGCUCCAGUGCUGAGCUGGCUGGUGAAUCGCUCCCUCCUCCUUCCCCUGGACUCUGCUCAACAUCCCGAGCUCAGACUCGACCUGCUGGGCACGAAAGCCUCCUGCCUGCAGCUGGCUGCCACGAGGAACGUGAACGUCAUCCUGCAGCACUACAACUUCUCAGGCAAGCUCACCAACAGGCAGUCUGGGGACGAGGGCAUGGGGCUCGUCCGCACCGCCUUCGCCAUCAUCAGCUGCGCCAUCAUCCUGGAGAACCUGCUGGUGCUGCUGGCCGUGCUGCGCUGCCUGCGCGCCCGGCGCUGGGUCUACUCCUGCAUCGCCAGCAUCACCGUCAGCGACCUGCUGGCAGGGGUCGCCUACCUCUGCAACCUCUGCCUCUCGGGCAGCAAGACCUUCCAGCUGUCCCCUCCGCUCUGGUUCCUGCGGGAGGGCAUCCUCUUCAUCGCCUUGGCUGCCUCCACCUUCAGCCUGCUGGUGACGGCCAUCGAGCGCUACGGCGCCAUGGUGAGGCCGAUCGCUGAGAACGAGGCCAGCAAGACCCUGCGCCUGCGCGGCCUCAUCGUGUCCUGCUGGCUGCUGGCCCUCGUCAUCGGGCUGCUCCCGCUGCUGGGCUGGAACUGCCUCUGUGAUUUCCAGGCCUGCUCCGUGCUCCUGCCUCUCUACUCCAAGAACUACAUCCUCUUCUCUGUAGUCAUGUUCAGCAUCAUCCUCCUGGGCAUCAUCGGCCUCUACAUCUCCAUCUUCCAUCUGGUGCAGGCCAGUUCCAAGCAAAGCAGCUCCCGGCACGGCCGCAAGCGCUCCCUGCGCCUGCUGAAGACGGUGCUGAUGAUCCUGGGGGCCUUCAUCCUCUGCUGGAGUCCCCUCUUUGUCCUCCUGCUCUCCGAUGUCUUCUGUGACACCGGGGCCUGCAGCCACCUGCACGGCCUGGACUGGACCCUGGCUCUGGCCCUGCUGAACUCGGGAGUCAAUCCCAUCAUUUAUUCCCUGCGGAGCGUGGAGGUUCGCCGUGCCGUGGGGAGCCUGCUGUGCUGCUGCUGUGUCAGGGCCGGGCUCUGUGAGCCUGGCAGCUGCCUGGUCAUCUCAGACAUCAAUUCUGGCUCCUCCACCGAGAGUUCCCUGCGCUACCGGGACAGCUUCCGCAGCUCCGUGGCCUGGAACGCUCGGCCCAGGGCGCCUCUCUCCAGCAACUCCAGCAUGAUGAGCAAUCUCCCCAGCCUGUGAGGGGCCACGGGGAGAGCAAGAGAUGCCAGACAGCCCCCAGGGCCCCAUGGUGCUGGUCCUGGCCUGGCAGGACUGUAGCAGUGCAGGCUGACCAGGUGUGAGCUGGGUCCAGGCUUUCCAGUCCCAUCAGACUGGGAUGGUGCCUCAGUGUGGCUGCAGCACAGGGACAGGAGUUGCCUCUAGGCUGGGAGUGAAAGAUACAGGCACAUUUUGGGAUUGAUGCUCUGCUGGGAUAGCUGCAGUGCUCAGGUUCUGUGUGUGCUUUGGGUGUGCAGAGGUGCUGUACCUGCCCCCCGAGGGUGUUUUACUCCAGGGCACAGUGGCAAAUAAGGUGGAUUUCCCCAACCAGGUGGCCCUCCCAAGCCUUUGGAAUCCUUUUGGAGCUUCUGUGAUGGGCACAGCUGCUGGGAAGGAAUCCAAGCUUGACGUCUUGCCCAGCCCGAGGAUGGCAGAGGGCUGCAGCCACAGCCAGACCCUCCCCAGGGUGCAGAGGCUGGGCAAAUUUGCCAGGGCAAAUGCUAUGAGAGUGCUCGGAGCUGUAGUGACAGGGCUGGCACUAGCACGGGCAGAAGGAGGUGUCCAGAGAGACUGGGGAGCCUGGUGUCAUCCUGGGCCUGAAGACACAGCCUUCUGUGAUCCCUGCUCUUCUGUUCCCUCAUGUAGGGAAUAAUCAGAGCAGCAUCCAAAUGCUUCCUCUCACCGUGCCAGAGGCCACCAAAGCACUGGGGACUCAUAAAACCUGCUGGCCCAGCCCCUCCAUGGGAGCUGAGUGUGCAGCCCAUUUGUUUUGCAAUAAAUCAAAGUGAUCAGAAAGCCUUGGGUUGCUUUCCUUCGAUUUUUUUCUUCUGGAGGCCAGGUAGUGCCUGGGAGAUGUUUUUGUAUUCUGGGGACAGCUGGAGCUGCCCUCCUGUUCUUGGGGCAGGGGGAUCACCCUGCCGAGGGGGCAGCGGAAGCCUCCCG